AUGAUUGGUGGUUGGAUAAUUGAUCCAACCACCUAUAUAGGAUGGGUUUGCAAACUUCGUGCUUUUCUUGUGUUCACAACAAGAACGAUAGCACCGUGGUUAAUCGUUUUAGCCACUAUCGAUCGAUGGCUUUUAUCGAGUGUUGAUGCUCAUCGUCGACAAAAAAGCACAUUAAAGAAUGCUCAACGAUGGACAAUAAUAAUAAUUAUUUUUUCAAUCCUACUCUAUGCUCAACUGUUCUAUUGUUAUGAAGCAAAUCUUAUUGAUACUCCUCUGGCAUGUUAUGGUAAAACAGUCGCAUGUCGUUAUAUCACUGAUUUCUCAUUUUCUGUGAUUACAAUUUUAUGUCCUUUAUUUUUCAUGAUUUUAUUUGGCUUGUUAACUAUUUCAAAUGUACAACAAUCUCAACGUCGUGUUCAAAUAUUACAAUUACAAAAUAAGAAGCCUACAAAGAAUAAGUCAUCAGGAUCAAUUGGUGGGAAUACAGAACAUAAAUCAAAACAAAGAACUGAGCGUAGUCUUCUUCGAAUGCUUCUAGUUCAGAUUUCAAAAAACAACUUGACUAAAUAUCAUUUUCGAAAAGAAGUAACUGAAGAAUCCACAACAAUUUCCAAUGAUGAUGAAAAUACCGAUAUAUCUGAAGAGCAACAACAAGCAAAUUUUACUUUAUUGCCUCCAUGUCUACCAACCUCAACAUCAACAGUAUCAACAAUGAAUAAUGCCACACUGCUGUCAACAACAAAUCUAUUGCAUACACCAUCAGUUCCAAAUGCAACAUCAGGUAUAAAUACAUCGUCAGGUUCCACAGAACAUUUAAAAUUGGUGAAUUCUAUGCAAGAUCAAUUGACAUUCAUGGCACAACAACUUACGAAAAUUAGUAAUUCAAUUGAAAAUAUUCAAUUAGAAAAAAAUAACGAAGCAUCAUCAUCACCUUCACAACAAGAUGAGAUCGAACAACUAUUUGAGAGCAUUACAUGUUCAGAUGAUUCCUUUAAUUUAAAAUGUUUAGAAAUAAAUUAUCAAUUAGAUAUCAUCAUAUGUAUUCCUUGCUGCACAUAG